CACCCACCCACCCCCCCAAAAAAAAAUAACUCAGUACAGUCAGUACCCUACACAGGGAAAAUGAAAACAACUGUUCUUGCAUGGCUAUUCAUCAUCUUAUGUGCUCAAGUUCUGUCAAGCCUGGCUAUUGAGGAUUUUGUGACAUUCAGGCAAGAUGUUAAUGAGGUAAAAGGCAGAAGCAACUUGGAAGGAGAUGGUAAUGACAGAGAUCAGAAAGAGGCAAAGCAUGAAAUUGUCUAUUCAACGAAGGUAGCAAGAGCUAGGGGAUCUAAUGGUGGUGCAAAUAUAGUUCACCAACCACGUCCUAAUCAAAGAAGUGAUGUAUCUAUUCCAAACAGCCCCACUUUCUUCAUGUCAAUAGCUACUGUCUGUUUAAGCUUUGGUUUAGUUCUUGUUAUUCACUUCUGAUUUCCUCAAGCCAAAACUGGUAUCUAUCAAUUUGGAAGCUUGAAUAGGAAAGAUUGUUUUUAUCUAUUCAAAUGCCAAUAAACUUCCUUUUUCCUUGUGGGAAUUCCUGUUGGUGCUAGUUCUACUUGUCCAAUGGCGUCUGUAAUGCAAUGUCUUCUGUAUUUCUG